GCGAGUCGCGAGUGCUCAGCAGCGGCGCGACGGGCUCCAUCACUCACCCUCGUCCAUCUUCUGGUCGACCGCAUCCCGUCUUUCAUUGAUGCGUCGCCAGCUCUCGGCUCCUGUUCUGCCCAAAUUGUUCGUAUCGUCUCUCUUUCUUUUGCGAGACUUUCACCUUCUUCACCUAUUCGUCUCGUUGUCGCGUCUGCUCAACCUCCCUAUCACCAUGCACCCGCCGAACUGGCCCGUCGUGACUCCUGCCUCAUUGCAGAACACCCCGCUACAUGCUGUCUCUUUGUCUCCCUCGUCUUUCUUGUCUCGUUUCUCGCUUCUUGCCCUCCUGAAACCCGUCUAACUUGCCAUGGCGGUAAACAGUGCGCUACAGUCGCUUUGUUGAGCCUCUCCACCAUCAUAUCCUCGAGCCACCAUCAUGGACGCUUUCGAGUCAUACGGCGCAAA